CAAACAUCUACAUGUGCCGUAUGGCUUAGUGCGACACUUUGCUGCCGCCGACACAGGGACAAAUACCGGGAUGAUACUGGACUUAAAAGUUCCGGUCAGAUUACGUGCAUUCACGCUACACAACUGAUUUGAUGAGAUUUCGUUAUGAUCAAGAAGUUGCUUUACUGGAUUAAUGUGUGGGUGACGAUUCUCAUAUCCGGAUUUGCACAAAGCUUUAAACCUGAACAGAUUGUCCGGCGCGGUCCUGGUUCGGAUCUUCAUUGUAUGAGUCCGCUGAUAAGUGCAUAUGACGAGUUUCCGGACAGUGCAUUCUCUGCGAGCAGUGUACUGCAGAACAAGACAGAUUUUCAACCAUAUCAGGCGAGGCUAACCGAUGUCUACGGAAGCAAAGAACACACUAGCGGAUAUGCAUGGUGUCCAAAUUCAAUGGUGGACGAGAUGUUACGCGAAUGGAUUCAGGCGGAAUUCAGCGACCUUGUGAUCAUCAAAUCCAUUUUCACCGCCGGUAGAGGAGACGGAAAUGUGAAAGAAUUCAUGCCCAGUUUUGUAUUCAAAUAUCAGCGCGAAGAUGGUGGGACGUGGUACGAGCACGUGAAACGGGAUGGAGCACGGAUCCUAAAGGCCAACAGUGACCCUAGAAAUCUUGCCCGAGCCACGCUUGAUUCAGUUGUGAUAGCCAAGCGGGUUCGGAUAUAUCCCUACAGCCGUAAAGGCAGCCGUGAUGUAUGUCUGCGAUUCGCCCUGUACGGUUGCAAAUUUCCCGAUGGCGUCGUAUCAUACACUAUACCACAGGGCGGUCUCCGAUCGCAGACUUCGUUUCGUUCUCCUGCCCUGGGUGAUCCACUGGAACCGGUUGUGGCGCGCCAUUUAAAGGACCUAUCAUACGAUGGUCAAAUCAUUCCCACUACCUAUCAGUUGACGGAUGGCUUGGGACAACUGAUGGACAACGUCGCUUUCCUUGGUAAUUUGACGCGUGAAUCCGACCUGUACCCAUCACAACCAGGGUUUCAUUUUGUUGGUUGGCCGCAGGGUGAACAGUCGGAAAUUCAGCUCAUUUUCAAAUUUGACACAACGCGCCGUUUUACCUGGAUCCGUCUGUUCACCUUCGAUUCACUAAUAUUGCGGGUCAGACUAUUCUCACACGCCAUGGUCGCCUUCAGCAUGAAUGGUUUAACCUUCAGUGAUAGCGUGGAAUUCUCCACUGGUCGCGUCCAGUACUAUGAUCCACAGUUAACCAGUCUAUCUCGCGUCCGAAGGGAACCGAUUGUUAGGCGUUCGAAGCAACGAAAAUUGUCUUCAUCAUCACAACAGGAUCCUCGGAUCUACGCCGAUCCCGAAUACGGAGGGGCGAUUGUGGUGGAACUGGCUUUAGGAGAACGAAUGGGGCGGUAUGUCCGACUGACACUCACUGCCGCAGAUAUUUGGACAGUUCUUUCUGAAGUACAGUUUAAUUCAACUGUUACGAAACCGCCGCCGGUAACCGAUACCCCAAUCGUUCCCGUCGUGGAAAAGACAGUGGGUGUUGAUCUCUCACCGGGAAUAGUACAUAGUGCAAAUGGGAAGGCCGAGCAAGAAAACGGGCAAGAUGCACAACCCAGCCCUUUCAAAAGUGAUACAAUUCCACUAGGCAGUACGCCAAACGAUGCAAAUGGGAAACAAGGCGCACAUGAUUUGCAUCCGUCUGGUGGCAAACCUAAUGUGAGCGAUGCUGAAGGAAAACUGGUAACGCUGCUUCCCAUCGUUAUUGCUUUGGGCGUCCUUCUGUUUCUCCUACCUGUGGUUGUACUAAUUUGGUUAUGUUCACGGCGACAUUUCAAAAGAAAACAGUUCAAGUGUCGACAAAAAAUGCACUUAAAUGAUGGAAGCACACGCACAAUCCUGCGUUCGGUGGCGACUUCUAAUAUGCACGAGGGAGCAAAAUUACUAGGCAAUUCACAGCCUGAAGGAAAGUCGACCCUGGCUCCUCAGCUGUGUUUUCCAAAUGGCAUCCACCCAUCGAACAUGUUUCAACGUCAAAAUGAUCCAAGUCUAAAUGGACAGGUUGCCACCAACAGCGUACUGCAUUCGAUGUCAGGUAAUCCUGGUGUUGCACUGUCGGGUCCAACUUCUGUCGCUCCGGAUAAAUUUGAAUCACACGCCGAUGCAACUCAGUUAUGUUCCCAGGCGGAUGGAGGCUAUAUGACCGGUGUAGGUUCUCCUCUUCCGAAUCAAACAAAUAUUCAUCCACCCUUAAUUCCAACAUUAAUUGCUAUACCGACAACCACCCCUACUGGGCAGAUCGUGCUUCGACCGAUAGGUUAUGGGCAUUCGACAACCGAACUCAGUGCCUUGGCCGGCUUGGGUGGUGAAUUUAUUACUGGUGGAUCUCUAGGUGGUCUGGGCACCCCAGAUAGUGGCAGCCUAUACGCAAGCAUUCGAGCCAGUGCUAUGCAGCUCGGUCAGUCCACUUUGAGUGGAGGCGAAUCAGAAGCAUAUGAUAAAACUGGGUCGGCUUUCUUACCCCCGCCCCUCCCGAUGAGACACCUGGGACGGGAUGAAGGUGUCCAGUGGCGCGGGGAAGAUACCGACGAAGGUGAAACAGACUUACGGGAAAGUGAUACCACAGCUUCUGGAGCAAAGGAACCAGAAAGGCAGCAGACUACUGUAUCCCAAUGUUUUACCAUGGGUAGCAAAAGUAUCCAUAAUGAGGAAGCCGAGCAGGAAAACGACAAUUCGGAGUCCGUUGGAAAUUCGAAUGCAAAAACUGUAACUAAUCCUACGGAUACGAACCACGCAUCGAGCGUACCCUCAGUGGCAUCUGCCUCCCCAAAACCUCAAGAAGGUACGACCUUUGCAAAUGAAGCUUUGUUCUCCCAGAUGAAGCGGACUAAGCUCCGUCCAGUAUCCCAACGAAUCUCGAGUGCUCUGAUAACUGGCCACAGACACUCUGGUCUGUCGUUACCCGACGGUGAAGAGGCGUAUACACCAUAUUUAAGCGCCUCUGUUCGCCGACCAGGCAGCAAAGGCCAUGUUCCUGUGAAGGCAUUGCACGGAACACCAGCAGGCUUAGUUCUCCGUCCUUACGGUCCCGAAUAUGCCAGUGCGUCCAUUUUUGAAUUUCCUGUGCAAAUUUCUGAAGCCUGUUCUGUCGCACCUACUAGCAGCAUGGAAACGGUGCCCGCAAACAGCUACCAUCCAUCAUUCCCAGCCUUUCCACCCGCCUCCAUUCCGCAUGCCGUUCCCGCCCUAACUUCAGACGGUACAUUCAGUAUUUAUUCAGGUCCUGCUUCAUUGCCCAUAGGCACCGGGACAUUAAGACCACUGUCGAAACAUGUGACUCCAAAUCCAAACCAUCGGCUUCAGACCACAGUCGGUCAGCAUCCGGCUGGCCUCAUGUUCCUAGGUGGUAUCGGAUUCGAGGAUAUGGAUGCGUUGUAUCAGGCGGCUCAGCCGAAUGUCUUCAGUUAUCCACCAGAAAUGGGACGUCCAUGUAAUAUAUAUCAACCGGAUCAACUGGUACCAGCACAACAAUCACAGAACGGGAACUUGAAUCUAUCGGAGACUCAUGAACCGUGGCUUUUGGCUAAUUCCAAACAACUGAACCCCUUGUGUUCGGAAAUCGGUCCACAAAAGUCAGCUUGGCUGACUGAUGUCCGUGGUGGAACCUUACGUUUGUUUCCAGCUUCUGUGCAACAGUUCCCCCUCGGUCACGCUUCUGCGGGCGUAAACGAUUUAAGUCAAAUAACCCCGCAGGUGUCGCCGCAGCACUACUUUCCACCACACUUGAUUCUACAACACCCAAACCAACAUCAGCAACAACAGCAGCAGCAGUUCCGGUCUAUGGCUGUUCAGCAGCCAUCAAAUAGCAUGAAGCUCCCAAACGGCGAGCCUCAUGCCCAAGCAGAUAUCCAUCGUGGAAGUCCCGUUGGGGCUGCAUCUGCCAGUGUAGCCUAUUUACCUGGUGUUUCUGAUUCAAACAGUAGAGAAACCAAUCAUUCCGGACGUCUAUCUAUCUAUUCUGUGUGCACCUGAACCCUCGUUAAAUCCCCCAGGAUUCUAUCCACUGGUCUUUCCAUGGCACCCAUUGUAUUCGCAUUUUGUUAGUGAUGAAUCUGAGUUGUCGGGCGAAUUCGCCCCUACGUACUUUCAGUCGUCGUCGGAGCCACAUUCCUCCCAGGCACUACAGUCCUACUAGUCUCUGUGGUUUUCGUCCUCAUGUCUUACUCCAGAAGUGUGAUUUAGCCUUACCUGUAUGAUAUGAAAAUCAUAGAGUUUUAGUUCCCUUCUGCUGCCCGUUGAGGACGUUUCCUGUGGGCGCGCUACUAAUUGCUUCAUGGUUUUUCUAUUGACUUCAAAAACGUUCUCAUUCAUACGUUUCACCAAAGCUGCGCCAAAUAAAGUACUCGUCCAGAUCAAAUCGAAAGUAAUACUCAUAACACUAUCUGUGGUUAUUCCAUGUUUUCGCUAUGUGCGUCUAUUAGAACACUCUUUCCGGUGUAAAUCUUGGGGAAACAUUUUAUGCAUCCUUCAACUGGGAAUUCUGGAUGUUACUCUACCAUCUCUCUACCAUCUCUCUCUCUCUGUAUCAUGCCAUGGUUCUAUCCAUUUGCCUUUGUAUAAUUUGUGUGCCCUCCGUAGACUGUACUCUUUGUCUGUGCCUCUCCUCCACUGCCGUGUACAUGCAGCCGAUCCACUGCCGUGUACAUGCAGCCUGAUGCCGAUCCACUGCCGUGUACAUGCAGCCUGUCUUGUCCUGCAUAAGGUUUAUGUCCGUUUCUCACCAUCUCGUUCUCUUGUGCGGCCUCGCAAAUGGUGUCCGAAGUUCACAAAUUCAAUUGAUCGAUUGACUGAACCAUCAUCCUGAGGAAAUUCCCCAUGCUUCUAAAAAAUAUAAUCCAUCAGUUUACAAAAGUAACACUUAUGUUGAACUUUUAACAGGUGUUCCCCUAAUUUCGAAGUCCUAUGACAAUCCUAUCUGCUUC